UCCGCUUGGCGUCGCCCUCGGCGAGGCGGAAGCGGGCAGCGGCGGCGUGGAGGGUGCGCGCCGGGAGCCGCCAUGAGGCAGCUGCCGUACUUCUGCCGCGGGGAGGUGGUGAAGGGCUUCGGCCGGGGCUCCCGCCAGCUGGGCGUCCCCACCGCAAACUUUUCUGAGCAAGUAGUUGAAAGCUUUCCGUCGGAUAUCUCUACUGGCAUAUACUAUGGAUGGGCCUGCGUUGGAAAUGGAGAUGUGCAUAAAAUGGUUUUGAGCAUAGGAUGGAAUCCUUUCUAUAAGAAUACUAAGAAAUCAGUGGAAACACAUAUUAUCCACACCUUCAAAGAAGACUUCUAUGGAGAAAUUCUGAGCAUAGCCAUAAUUGGGUAUAUUCGACCAGAAAAAAACUUUGAUUCCUUAGAGGCACUCAUUUCAGCAAUUCAGGAAGACAUUGAAGAGGCAAAAAGACAGCUAGAUUUACCGGAACAUCGUAAACUGAAAGAAGACAACUUCUUUCAUCCUCCAGGAGGCAAAAUAGUAAACAACCACUGAGCAAACCGAUGAGCUUUUUUUAAUGCUUUUUUUUUUUCCUGUUCCUAUUGUGGAGCUCUUAUAUUUGCACUGCUUUUGUAGGUACUUUGUCAUGUCUGUCUAGGCAAUGAGAUUGGAACCAACCAUAUAAGGGGAUUUAAGUUUGCUCAAGUCAUUUGAUCAAACCCAGUCAUUCAAAAGGAGUAGAAAGUGGUUUUAGGUUUUGGAUAAAUUGUGUAUCCAAAAAUUAGCAAUUGUUUAGAGUCAGUAGCGCACAUAGAACAUGACUAAAGUGAAUUGUGACCUCUUCAGCCUGAAGGGGUGUGGAGUUCACUUAAGUGAAGAGCGACAGUUUUUAACAUACAGAUGUUAUUCCAACCUCUUUUCCCAGUUUUCCAUCACUUUUACAUCUGGAUUGUAGUUAGCGGCUUAGGAAGUUUUGUUAUUGAUUGAAAAAUUUCCUGUGGUGCAGGAAGCCAAUGAUUAGAUAACCAUAACAAGAAUAACUCUCUGUGGUUCUUAUUUUUGAUGUGCUUUACAGCUGUUGUAGUUGAAACUGUCAUUUCAAUUGAAAUUAUUUAUUUUAACUUUAUUUGAAAUAGAUGUAAUCACUGCUGCUCGUUGAUUUACUGGAAUAUGAGAUUUGUACAGCCAGCUGUACAGAAAUACAUGAGAAUGUAUGACCUCUGUGGUUUCCUUCAGAGGUAAUGUUCACUGAAAUUCAGGAAAUGAAUGAUAGGAUGAACGUUGAUGUACUGUAAAGGUUUAGGUUCUGAGGAUGUGGAAAUACUAUUAACAAGACUUCUGCUCUUUGGGCUCUAAGACAGAAGAGGCAACUUUGCAUUUGUAUCUGCUGCUGACACUCCCCCUAGAGGAAGAGGAUCUUGAGGUUAUUCAUGUAUUGACAAUAAAAUGACUGACUUCAAGGUUAGUUUAAGGUGCAGAAAAUGCCAUCAGCCCUCCACACCAAGCGUAUGUAAGAUCCAAAGUUUUGGUCAACCAAGCAGAUCAAUGUCUUAACUUUGAGCCAGCACCAGGGGAUAUUGCUAGGGAAGAGGUCUUGAGUGAGUCAAGGUGUCCUGUUUGCUUUGAAGAACUUAUACGGAAACUUGAGAUGAUUUAAAUGAGUUGUUCAUCAGUGAUGUUGAUAGCAGAGACAGAAGAAAUACAGAACUGGGGACACUCAUUUCUGCACAAGCACUUGUUAGCAUAGACAUUUUGAUCUGCAUAGCCAAGGUGGUUACACAUUUCUCUACUGAAAUGCUGACAGUUCUGUCCUACCUGUUACCUGGAUAUCUUAAGCAUGCUUCUGCCUUCUUAGAAGGAGAAUAUUUGGAAGAAAAUUCACUUAUUGGCAGUUAGAAAUACUUUCUUUAAAAGAAGAACAAAACAGCCUGGUGGACUUCUUAUACUACUUAUGUAUAAUUUGUUAUGAACUGUAUGUAAAAUCCCAUAAAAAUUGUCUUGCAAAAGUGAAAGUUGAUUUUUUUUAUUAUUAUUUUAAAAUGGAGGGAUGAAGGGAAUUUUUUUUUUUAGGCAAAGGCUGGAGGAAUUCUUGAGGCUGUAACAUUUUGACAUUGUUACCCUUUUCUCUUUUGGGGAGGAAUAAGUAGCAGUCACAGAAAUCUACUAAAUGUGUUGCCAAAUAUAUAUUUAAAGAAUAAAUUGAUGUUUGUCAUGGUACUGUAGCCGAAUUCUCAUAGCUCCCCAUCUGUUCUUCCUGCUCCCCCUUCCCCUGCACACCUGCAUGGGUUUGCAGAGCUGAACUCUCUCUCUCUUUUCCCCAGUAAUUUCAUGUGUCUGUUGUGGAAACCAUAGUGCCUUAAGCUGGUUGUCCGAGUAAUACUUUUCUGUAUCUGCUAAAAAAUGCUACUAUCCAAAAUUCAAUUCACUGGUUGUAGAACCACCGUGCUAUGGACAGAGAACAGUGGCAAAGGAAAAACUUGAAAAACUUUGUUUGCUCUCGACUCUUACGUGAAGUAUGGCAUAUGGAUACAAUGAACUAAUGAACUGCUCUUUGUAUGCUUGUCUUCAAAUUAGAGAAAAUGUUAUUAGGCUCAUUUGGCUGAGUGUACCUGUCUGUUCACAUUAUUUAAGAUAAAGCAUUAUAUAUCAACUAUUUAAGCUCAGUACAUAAUUCCUAGCACAGUACAGACUUUAUGAAGGGUUAUAUUUUUGUAUUAUAUACAAACUGUAUUUACGUCACUUGAUGUUGCUGCACUGUACCAUUAAUAAAGGAAUUGUAAUUGUCAAAGUUAAAAUCCUUGUCAUGGGUUUCCUGAUUGAUCAUAUCUGAUGCAAACAAAUAAUCUUAGUGUAUUUCCUAGAAUAUUAUGAAGGAGAUACUUUAGGUGUAUGUCAUUACUCUGCUUAAACUUACUUCCUUUUCAGCAAAGAGCUCUUCUUGCUCACAAGCUCAGUGCUGCAGUAUUUGUGUUCAGUUACUUGCAGUUCUUCUGUAAGGCACUACAAAUAGUGAAUGAAACACAGAGGAGUUUCAUAUCUCACUUUGGUAGAACUAGAGGGCCCAUUAAAUUGUUGGAGUUUGAACAGUACAAGUUUUUUCAGUUUCAAAUACUUACUCAAGUAAAACCUAAAUAUUUUCCAUACUCUUACCCACCUUCCUCUGAAGUCUGUUGCUGUUCUGAAAUGAAGCUUGUCAGCAAUAUGAGAAUGUCUGUAUAAUAAACUUCUUCCAAACUG